GUUGUUGUCAGUGGGAGGAGGGCUCUGAGCUCGCUGCCAAGGCGCUCUCUCUCUUAUUCCUCGUCGUCUUCGCCAUCGAUAAAUAUCCCCAUUUUUUAGUUUAACACAACCCUCUCGUCGUACAUUUGCUUUUAAUUUAAGGAGGUUGUUUUUCGGUGGGAAAAAUAAUUGGAAUUGUUUUUAGAAGAAAAAAAAAUAUCUCGGGUAUUUUUUUUUCUCGUGUCGAUUACAUUGAUUUUUGUUUUACAUGUCAAUUCGCUUGUGGGUGAUUAGUAGCAGUUGUUGUUGUCGUCGUCCUCGUCCGGGGCUCGGUGUUUAUCGCGGAGAAUCGAGACGCGGACGCUGAGGCUGCCACCAAAGGAGUCCUCCAUGAGAAUGAAGUCCGAGAUUGGCAGUGCGGUGGAGUUCAUCGCGGGUUUGCUCAAGUCAGCUGGCUGCUCCCACUCGCAGGUCGCGACUUUCAUUACAUCACUGGAGUCGAUGCUGGCAGAGCACUACCAGCAGCACUGGUUCCCCGAGCGCCCGUGCAAGGGCUCGGCCUACCGCUGCAUCCGCAUCAACCACAAGAUGGACCCCCUGGUGAGCCGCGCGGCGCUCUCCAUCGGACUGAGCGCCCCCAGCCUCUUCCGGCUGCUGCCGCGGGAGCUCACGCUCUGGGUCGACCCCUACGAGGUCUCCUACCGCAUCGGCGAGGACGGCUCCAUCUGCGUUCUCUACGACGGCCGCGCCGCCACGACCGCCGGCGCCCCGUCGGAAGGGACGUCGGCGCCGCCGUACAAGGGCCCGACGAAGGCUCGCGGGGCGAAGGGCGUGCCCGGCACGCAGGCUCGGUGCGCCGCCGCGUCGGCAAAAUCGGCCGGCUCGACGCGUGCGGCCGGCGCGGCCGGCGCCGGAGGCGGUGGCGGCGGCGGCUCAGGAGCGGGAACGGGAGUGGCGGCUUCUACGCGGCAAGCGGCCCGUGGCGGUCACCCUCCCACCAAGUGCAAGGAGGAGGUGGCGGCGGCGGCGGCGUCGGCGGGGUCGGCGUCGCACCAGCAGAGGCCGGUGCACCUGCGCGGGGCGGAGCACUUUGUGAACGUCAUGGCGGUGUACAGCUAGCCGCCGCCGCCGCCGCCAUCGCUCGCCGGCCGCGCCGCGCGCGCGCCGCACCGCACUGUAGAUUUGUUUGUUUUUGGUAGACGGCUCGUGCGAGCCGGUAGCCUAGAGGCAUUUGUCUUUUGUUGGGGGGGGAGGGGGGGGGUGUCGGGGUUGGUCAUGGGAAAUAAAGGAUUUGUCAUAAAAGUACAUUUGAAAGGGACGGGGAGAUUUCUGACAAUUUUACACGUUUAGUGUUUUGUUGUUGUUGUUGAGGGAACUCUGCGUCAGCGGGGGAGAGCGAUCUCUGGUCGGCGAGGGUUCCGUGAGGGCAGAAUGGAAGUUUGUGCCGCUGUGAGAAUCGCCGCGACGAUUGUUUAUGGCGCGCCAAGUCCCGGCGACGAGUCUUGCUCGGCCGCCUCGUUUCUUGCGCAGAACCUCGGCUAGCGCCACGCUACGGCCGCCCCCGUCGACUCGAUGUCAGGAAUCCACCCCCACAAUGUAAUUCGUAAGCUCUACAGUCACCUCGCUCGCAGGUCUCCCUCACGACGUUUCGGACAUCGUUAGCUCUUGUUGAAUGUCAUCGUCGUCGGCAUCGGCCGUGGUCGGUCCAACGCCGGACGAUCGCUUCCCCAAGCCACCGCCUGCCGCUCGCGGUCGUGCAGAGUAACGACGCAACCCCCGGCAGCCCCGGGCCUACGCGAGUCUGGCCGCAGGUCUCUCACCACCGGCGACAUUCGUCAAUUCGGCGUCACCGUUUCUAUUUCGGCACAAACUUGUUAGGCCCUGUCGUCGAUCUUCGUAGAUUGAUCAGAAGCUGUCGAGUCUGUGAGUACACGUCGUCGUGGUCGAUAUGUUCGCUGUUUCCAACUGGUGGCAGAGUCCCCGGGCCAGACGUUUGUUUUCGUUGUUGAAGGAGAGUCGGUGAAAAAGAUUUGCAUCAUCAUUAUUGUUGUUGUUUUGGCAGCUACUUUUGGUGUUUUCUCUGUCGAGUGUCUGUCGCGGCACCGCGUCACAAAUAAUCACCGAGAAAGCUGUUUAACGAGACGAGAAAAUGAUACGUGCAUUUAUUUUAAAGGAGUGACAUGAAAAGGAGACGCUGCCGUUCACGGUGAGACGGUUUUUCCGUCUUCCGGCGGGGGGUGGGUGGGUAGGCGGGGGGGGGGGGCGCCGGUUCCAUCUCCUGGCGUAGCAGUCGAAGCAAUGGGGGGCAAAGUUUCUCAAAUCCACUUUUCCACCCACCGCCGCUGUCCGCCCGGCGGUGUUAAUCGCUACGCGGCGGUCGAUGCGGCGGGGUAAAGUGUGGCCUCUACCACCUCUUCCAAGGCGUCUGUCUCGGCGUGCAAGACUCGGCCCAAAUUAACCCUCCAGGGGGGGGCCCUCUCGAGAUUCCUCGAGCGGGGCGGGGAGGAGGCCCUUCCACCAGCAGUGGGGCGUGGGGCGAGCGAAGACGUUGCAGGGAUGCACCUUUUAGCCAGGGGGAACGAUCGGCAGAAUUUGAGCGUUGGCACUCGGCAACAAGAGAAGUUUUCGAGCCUUAAAAAAAAAUUGUAACAACGAAAAAGACUGCCUAACGCGGGGAGGGGCGGGUAGGUUUUAGCAGAGUGAAAAAGUUCCUGUUGAAUUUGUAUUCGGUCACAAGCUCUUAAGCGUAACGUGCAAGCGAGAGUAAGUGUUGUAUAGAUGAAUUAAGUUUGACUUUUGAUGAGAUUUCUAUUUUAAAAAGAAAAACACGAGAACACUUUGCGCUUUAUACUGUAAUAAAAUUGUGACACUUAAAACCUUG